CGUUCAUAUCCUCGAACCCGACCUCUCGUGUCCAUAAAGACUCCCCUCCUCCCUCUUUUCCCAGAAAUUUCAACCUCUUAAUUCCUUCUCCGGCGAUGUAUAAUCCCGUUACACAGCUACCGCCGGGCUUCCGCUUCCACCCGACCGACGAGGAGCUCAUCAUCCACUACCUGAGAAACCGGACGGCGGCGGCUUCAUCGCCGUCUCCGGUCUCCAUCAUCGCUGAGGUUGAUAUCUACAAGUUCGAUCCAUGGGAUCUUCCCGAGAAGGCUCUGUUCGGCGACCGCGAGUGGUAUUUCUUCACUCCUCGGGAUCGUAAGUACCCUAAUGGUGUCCGGCCGAACCGAGCGGCGGUGUCUGGGUACUGGAAGGCGACCGGGACGGACAAGGCGAUUAGUUCUGGGAGCAAUAACGUUGGGGUGAAGAAGGCUUUGGUGUUCUACAAGGGAAAGCCACCUAAAGGGUUUAAAACAAAUUGGAUUAUGCAUGAAUAUAGACUGGCUGAUUCGCAGAACAGUAACAAAUAUAGACCCAUGAGCAUGAGGCUUCCAGAUCAUUCCAUGAGGAUGGACGAUUGGGUUCUUUGCCGCAUAUACAGGAAGAGCAGGCACCUUCCACCCCCAGUAAUCAUUGAUCAAGAACUUGAAAACUCUUGUGCAGAUGAUACCUACAUUCCCACACAAAGCCUUCCUCUGCAACACAAUCUACUAAAGCUUCCAAAAACCUCAUCCAUUUCAGAAUUUUUCGAAGAUUUCUCACAGCUUUCUAAUGCCUUCGACAUCCCACUUGACCUGCCGAGAUUUGAUAAAAAUCCGCUCAUUGGCCAUCCCAUUUCAAAUCUGCUACAAACAAACGAUGAUAACAACGAUACCAAAGCCUACUUCCUACCACAGCUCUCCCAAAUAGAAUCCUCCGAUCAUUCUCUUAGCCUAAAGCACCAGAAACACGAUGAGAGGAACAGCAAAGAAGACACUAAUGGAUCCUCACAGAACUUCUCGGGACUUUUUGAUAACUCUCAAUACAGCUUGCUAAACCAGCCCUUCUUCAGCCAGCAGCUGCUCAUAAACUCCCUCUCUGGCUUGCAGUGAUUUUCAGAAAAAGCAAUAUAUACUUCAUAUAUAUUAGAAACAAGAUAUUAAAAUUUGGAUCGAUCGUUGGUGGAAGAGCUUAAUAAUUGCCAAAUAUAUUAUUUUUAAAGACAUUUUGUGGUUGAUAACUGUAUCAUCCAUCUCUGUAAUAUUAUAUAUAUAUUGUGAUAAUUAUAAUUUAUAUUAUCAUCCAUGCCUCCAUGGCUCUAAA